AGGUGGUGAUUACAUUAUUGCAUAAUUACAUUACUAGAUGAUGAAAUGACAUUGAAACGAUUGGAUUAUGUAUGUCAUAUUAUUUAGACAAAAACAAACGCGAAACAAAGGAACUAAUUCCCUGUCACACAAAAAUCCAUACAUGGGCAUGUGGAUUCGAAAAAGAAACAGAGCACAUAUAUCAUGACUGUUGUUGUUGUAUAUGAUAGGAAAUACACUUUCUAUUUCAAGUUCGAAUCUGGAGCCCAAUCAAACAAAGAGAAUCAGAGGGUUUUUUUUGUCCAACACUGAGCAGAAUAAAGAAGUCUUUUUUAGCCAUGAACACUCGUGAUUCUUUCGAUUUCGUGACUGAUUCGUCAUCGCCGUAAUUGAGCCGCCAUCUUGGAUUUUGGUCACUUCGAGCAUGACAAAGCCAAUGGUUGGUUUUUCUAGUGAUUCAUUAGUCGUCGGGCUGCUAACACGUGUAGUUUUCUUCUCUCGACUUUCCUUUCUACAUGUAUGUCUUUAUGAGGUCUGCAUUUCUCUGAUUCAAACGAAAAGUAACAUUUUCGUGUCGACAAUCGCGCAUCAGGACAUGAUUUUUGAGCGACGAAAAGUUAAUUCGCCUUUUUCGUCAACCUCGCAAAUUGCUUUCGCCGUCAAAUGAUAAAACAGUUCUACUUGUCUUCAUCCACGAAAUGUCUUUGGAUUAUUAUUGGUGUCGUUGAUUUUAAACUUCAAACAAAGCUUCGGGAUUUAAUCAUUUUUACCUCACCUUUUGAAUCUAAAAUGGGGGUCUUACUCUUCUACGCGUUGUUCGAGUGGUCACGUGACUCGCUGACCGCCGAAUAAUUUUCACGUCUUCGUCGGCUAAUGUAUGAACAUUUCUGACAGAAGUUUCCUACUCUGAUUUGUUUGGGGGGUUGCAAUUCCAAUGCAUGAUAAGAACAAUAUGGCCGCUUUCUCUUCUGAAGAAGAGUUUUGUUGUGGAUAUCACUGUCUAAUGACAAAAAGAGUGUCGAACGAGCCGGUUUUCGAUUCGUCAUUUUACGAACACCGUUACGAGGAUUAUCUCUUUCUGGAAUAUCAGACAUUGUUUAUCAGCCUGUAAUGAUAUAACAUUUUCAAUCUUCUACUUCACAUUUUUGAUUGAAGAUAAAGUUAUAUCCGAAGUGAAAGGUGAAUUUUCGUUGAGCGAAGUUGAUGGCCGGUGAAGAUCGGCGUCCUUCGAGACUCUUCGUCACCCUUCGGCAACUGCUGUAAUAUCGUCUGCUUUUCCAUCUACACUCCAGAUCAGCAACAAAAUACACAAUCCUCUCUCGGAUAUUUCUUUUCUUGCGUUCAAAUCCCUUCCAAAGUUUUGUUUCUAAAUGGAUAUGUGGACUUAGGGCAAGACGGAUGAAUAUUUUCACUUUGUUGGUUGACCGGUUCGGAUCUUUGAAGCGCCGUUCGAUCCACAAAUUUCAUCUUUUAGUUGAAAGGCUUGGUGACUGUGGUCGCUUUUCAAAACGACAGUAUUUUGUCCCUUGCUGUGUGAGGCAAAAUGCAGGAGCAAUACACAACGAGGACCGAUCGUUAUCCGGCGAUUCCCGACGAAAUGCCUGGAUUGAUUAUGACACAUGUACCGUCAGAAUUGUCUCGCCGAACUGCCCCGAAUUUCUCCGAAACACCAAACACCCAAACCGCCACCGGCACCUCGAUCAACUGCAGCUCUGCACGCCAGCACUUCAGCACACCACAGAUGACCAUCUCCACGGCUUCUCACCCGACGUCAUCGGCGUCAGCCCAGUACCACGGCGGUGCCGCAUCAACGAUGAUGUCGGCAUCGUCGUCGAGUCGAAUUGCUCGACCUGCAGAACGUCUUCGACUUCGUGAAUGGCUGAAAAAGAUGAUUGAAACUCAGGCUAUCCAGGGCUUGUAUUGGAUUGACAAGGAGCGACAGAUUGUGAAGAUACCGUGGAAGCACGCGGCCAGGCACGGGUGGAGCCGGGACAAAGACGCUUGCCUUUUCAGGGCAUGGGCGAUUCAUACAAAAAAGUACGACCCAACGACGGACAGUCCGAAGGCGAACCCGAAGGUAUGGAAGGCCAACUUCCGGUGCGCCAUCAACUCCCUACCGGACAUCGAGGAACUGAGGGAGAAGGGGAAGACGAAAGGCAACGAUGCCUACAAGGUCUACCGUCUUCAUCCGAAGAAGACAAGGAGACAGAGGGAGGAAUCGGAAGGAGGAUGUAAAGUGGUUAAGAGACAAAGAAGUUCAUCUAAGAACAGGGCGAACAAAACCGACAAGAAACAUCGGAAAAGAAACAGUCUUAUCAUUCCUUCCUCUGAGAAUCUUAAAAUGGAUCCUUCUUCGAUGACCAAACUCCCAAAUACGAGCAAUGAAUUAAAAGAGGACCUUUUGAAGCAGAGGAUGGCUGAAAUACGGGCUGCAAAAUCAGAUCACAUGAGCCUGAACUUCAAGUGUGUUUUCAAACCAAACGGCUUGUCGUCGACAUCGGUCUCAUCAAAUAACUUACUGUCACCGAUGUCGCCCCCGUCCACCCUCCAGUCACCGAUGACCCCGUACUCGACCACAUCAAACGGUGUCCACUUCGCAUCACCGAAUGCGUACUCGUCCGGCAUGACGCACGGUACCUGCGUUUCACCGUGCAGCACCGUAGCGUCGACGCCAGCGAGCACGCCGCAGUCGCCGCCGCCGCCGUACCAGGUCGUCAUGAACAGUCGACAUGAGACGCAAUACCGGAUUAACAUGGAUGCGACGUUUGAAGUGAGCCAUCAAAAUCAAAUAGGAUACGAAGGCUACCACGAUGAUCUGAGUGACAGCGAUUCAUGCGGGACGAUGUCGGAAAAAGAAGUAGCAGAUCUGGUGAUUCAGUUGAAGGAGCACAGUCCAGGGUAUAGCUCCGGGAGCAGUUCGCCGCUGGACGGCAACAACAACCUGGACACCUCCAUGGAUUAUAGCUCAUGUUGGACCAAUCACAGACAUCCAGACGAAAGAGUGUUCUUCGGCGACGCGAUGGCCAUGGCAAAUAACAGAGUAAUGGCGGGAGAUUUACCAGGGUAUGAACAAGCCCCUUUAAUGACCCAGAUCAAAGUCGAACCCGAGACCCAACACCCCAUGCAGGCACACCACCACAACUCCAUGAUCAACGGUUACGCUUCGGCAGCUUCCCUCGCGGGCCUCAACACGCAACAUCAAGAUCCGUAUGUUGACUCGAACUAUCUCCUCCAUCAACUCUGAGUCUUCAUGGGUGAGAAAUCUGGAUGCAGCCGCUUUGUAAACCAGUUUGAACCAGUCGUGGGCGGUUUAAACCGAAUCGAACUGGAAAUACUUGGACUGUGGCACUAAACAUUGCUGAAAACUGACCAUAUGACUUCGGAGGAAAUCACAUUUGAAAACAUGAAAGAACGUGGUAUAUUUGUGAUGUACUUGGAGAUGAUUUGUGGGACAUGUUUGUGAAAUAUCAUCAUGUCAGCGUUGAAGGAUGUGUGAUUUUGCUAACUCCGAAACAUUUCAUACUUCCGAAGCGGUGCCUGCAUGGAUUGGCGGUCAUGAACAACGUGGUGAAAGUGCACUUAGCUUGGACUUGCUAUGCAUCAAACAAAACUAUUUCGAGAGUUCUUCCAAACCUGUAGGAGGUCCUUGACGACAGCACGUACUUGAGAGACUAAUCACUGUUUGAAGUGGUUCAUGUUUGAAGGCGAGGGACCUUGUGAUAAUUGUCUUCGGUUUCGAGGGAUACUCGGCAGAUACCCGAAGACCGACGCUUCAUGAAAGGGGCCGAAGCUACUUCCUUCUUCCUCCAGCUGAACAAAAAUCAAUCGCUACUUCCGACGAAAGCAAAAUAAAAAUGCUUCAAUUCGUAUUAUCAUAGAUUGCUGUGGAUUAAAAAGGACAAGUUGAGCAGAAUUGUGCCUAUUUUUUUAAACAUGUGGUUUGAAAAAUUUAAAUUGUUGACCAUUUCUUUUUCAUUUUUUAAGGCAAGAUUUUUGUACGUGAUACACGUCUUCCAUCAUUAUCACAAAAAUAUGAUCUGUUUUUAUUCAUCCAUUGAGAUACCCUUUUUUACAAGUCUCGGUUUUGCUUUGAUAUUAAUUUUGAAUGUUUUCUUGACUGAAAUUCGAUCUCGUACGAUUCGUUUAUUUAGAUUACAGUAUUGAAAAGUUAUGCUGAUAGUUGUUUGAUGAUAUUAGACAAUGACAAACGGAUACAAAACCGUUUCGAAUGAUUACACAUCGAAGUAGAAAAAAGGGCAUGAACUGAAAUAACUCUGAAUAGACAUCAACGUACAUAGCGAAUGCAGCAGUCUUUAGUAGUGGAUUUUGAUUUUUAUGACUUGUGAUUAUAAUGAUCAACCCAAUUUUCGUAGAAAUAAGUUGAAGUGAGUGCGUCUGUGUAGAUGUUUGCAGACUUAGAUAUGAAAAUGAAUUACGAAUGUAUAUGACGUCUGCAUGAUUUUCGUGUAGAAUAGAGUAGAAUCUUCGAGCGCAUUCCUUUCUUUAAAAAAAAAGUGUUGUAUGGAAACCAUUCUUUCGGGCAAUUCCGUAAAAUAUUCAUUUUCGUCACGUCCAACAUCCGUUUUCUUUAUUUAUAUUUCAAUUUUGUACUACUUUGUACUACUACCAAUGGUAGCUUAACAAAUUGCACUUUUUUUUUCAAGAAUUCGAAAUUAGAGAUAAGUCAAUUUCCGUAUGGUCCAAUGAGGGGGGGGGGGUAAAGUAUAUUUCAUGGAAUUGCCCAUUUUGUAAACCUAUGCAAAUAAUUAUCUUUGAAUCCACCGAAGACGAACAAUAUGUAAGUAUAUAGCUUAUUCACUCUAAAGCGACCCAGUGAAAACGACUUAGAUUAGAUUGAUCCAACUUAUUGUAUUAUUCUUGUCAGAAAUGACUGUGUUCGAGACAAAUAGAAAAUUAUGACUAAAAUAAUUGCACGUAUUCGAUCCUUUCAUUCUAGUCAUUUUGACCAAGCCAAGUAGCCCUGAACAUAUUUCUUGCAGUUGAUUAAGGUUCUUUAAGAAGUCAUUGUGAAGUAUUACGUCAUUUUGUAUGCAAAAUCAUUUCGAAUGUUUGUUUUUGUUGUGAAUCGUUCCAUGGUGAACCACAUGCUCUUAUUUUAAACAUCUCAUUGUGUAUUGUUCCUAACCAUGUUUGACAUGGACUGUAAAAUAUUGUAAAUAGAAUUAUAGAUGUUCCUAUAUAGCGUCAUGGUUUCGUGUAUAUACAUUUUUAUCUGUUGUGCGCUCUAAAUUGCCUUAAUUGGUCGUCGCAUAUAACAGGCUGUCAGAAUUCGAGUCAUGUAAGGAUAGAGUCGUAUUGAUAUAAGUCCAUUUCCGUUUUUCGUUUCCCUUUCUUUCAACUCCCCCAGUUUCAUGUCUCUUAACCUCUCCAAACCUCCUCAAGGGCCUAACAUUCAUUUAAGUGACGACGCCCUCUUAUUAUUUAUUAACCAAUGGGUUAGUUAUCGGUGUCAUAUCGAAAUAAAACUGCUAAAAUUAGUCUAGCGAUGCUCUAUAAUGGCAGCACUUCUUCUCUUGUAUUAUCAAUCAAUUACUUUUAAAUCAUCAUCACCGCCCGUAUGACAUGUAUUUAAGAGAGUGAGUCGGCGAGAGAAGGGGAAAUAAUCCAUCUUUUAUGUCAAUCGAAAGUCAGACAUCCGGGUCUUAAAUAGAAUGACAUGCAUAAUAAUAAAAUACCUGUCGAUAUAAGACGAAGUUUAUUACGAUGUUCUAUUACGGAAGCGAAACAGAUCACCGAAACAAUGAUGCAAUAGUAAUAUUCAUAGUUUUCCGGACAACACCCAACACCGACAACUUCCAUUCGAAUUAAUUAGCAUGAUCAUAAUAGCAUUUAAUUAAGGAAAACAGUGUUUGUAGGUGGCUUAAAGUUAGUACCGGCACCAUAAUACAUCGCUCUUUGAAUUACGAAAUCAAGCACGCCUUUGCUCUUAUUCCGCACGGCCACCGUAACGCAGGGACGACACUAAAAGCUCACAUUAAGCCUUUAUUUUGUAGCAAUAUUAUUGAUGACAUAAUGAAGGCAAUUUUUUUUUCUGAC